AUGUGGGCGAAAUACGCGCUCGCGCAGUCGAGGCUCCUCCACGGCCUCUCCAACAUCGUCCUGCGAAGCCCGGCGGGUCCCGCGAUGGAGGUGGUGCUCGUCGGGCACAGCACCGGCGGCGCGCUCGCGACGCUCGCGGCGUACGACUUGCAUCUGCACGGGUUCAACGUCGCGGAGGUGUGGACGUUUGGAUCGCCGAGGGUCGGCGACGCCACGUUCGCCAACGCGUGGAACGCCGCGCUGAGCGAUAAGAGCUUCCGCGUCGUGAACGGGAUGGACGGCGUCGUGCAUUACCCGCGAGCGCCGAUGUUUCAUCACGUCGGGACGGAGUAUCACGUGUCAUCGCCGACGGGGACGUGCGAGUACGAGCAGACGUGCAAGGUGAAUCGGUGCGACGGAAGCGGGGAGGACGACGCGUGCUCCGCCAAGCUGGAGAAGGAAGGGUUCGGGAACUCCGGCGUGGGGUUCAUGAGGAAGAACGCGCUCGAUCACCUCGCGGCGUUUGGCGUGUUUUUCCGCGUCCUGAUGAAGAUCAAGGCGGCGGCGGCGGCGUGA